ACUCUGAUACUACAAACCAAUCAAACCCACACACACAAAUAUUCAUAACACUCACACACUCCGCCGUCUUCCGUCGUCACACGGCCGCCGGUCAUAGGUUUUCCGGCGUCGAUUCAUCUGGCCACCGCGUAGCAUCGACUCCAGUAACUAAUCAUAUUCGGAAUCUCACCGUCAGUCUCAGUCGUCAGCGUAUUCUAGUUAUUUUCGUAAUGUCAAAUAUAGCAUACAGUCCACUGGUUUUCGGUCAGAGCUCUGGCCUAUCUAGUUUUUGUUCUUUACGCCGGUCAACAUUUGGCCCCUUCAGAGCUGUUUCAUCCAGCAAGUUAUUAUUCAACACUCAGAGAGGAUUUUUACGAGAGCCCCUUUCUGACACUGUUACAUGUGCAAUGAAGUCGUAUAAGUUAUCUGAUCUCACACAGAGGGAGGUUGAAAGUCUUAAAGCUCGACCGCGAAUAGAUUUCACUUCAAUUUUCAGUGUGGUCCAGCCCAUUGUCGAUGAUGUUCGCGUCAGAGGCGACGAUGCUGUUAAAGAAUAUACUUCACGCUUUGACAAGGUGCAACUAGAAAAUAUUAUCGAAAAUGUGAAUGAACUUCCGGAUCCAGAGCUUGAUGAAGCUGUUCGUGAAUCAUUUGAUGUGGCAUACAGCAAUAUCUAUGCAUUUCACGCUGCACAAAAGCCAGUUGAGAAAGUUGUGGAGAAUAUGAAAGGUGUGAGAUGCAAACGAGUGGCAAGGAGUAUUGCUUCUGUUGGUCUUUAUGUUCCAGGAGGCACUGCAGUUCUACCAUCAACAGCUCUUAUGCUUGCCGUUCCAGCUCAGAUUGCUGGAUGUAAAACGGUAGUGCUUGCAACUCCUCCUUCUAGUGACGGCAGCAUCUGCAAGGAGGUACUAUAUUGCGCGAAGAAAGCCGGUGUCACCCACAUUCUUAAAGCUGGAGGAGCUCAGGCCAUUGCUGCCAUGGCAUGGGGAACACAAUCAUGUCCUAAGGUUGAGAAGAUAUACGGUCCUGGAAAUCAAUAUGUGACGGCUGCAAAAAUGAUUCUUCAAAACAGUGAAGCUAUGGUUUCUAUAGACAUGCCGGCAGGACCAUCAGAAGUGCUUGUCAUUGCCGACAAAUACGCUAGUCCUGUUCACAUAGCUGCCGAUUUGCUUUCUCAGGCUGAGCAUGGGCCAGAUAGCCAGGUGGUUCUGGUAAUUGCAGGUGACGGUGUAGACAUAAAAGCCAUCGAUGAAGAAAUCACCAAGCAAUGCAACAGUCUCCCGAGAGGAGAGUUUGCUUCAAAAGCUCUUAGUCACAGUUUCACUGUCUUUGCACGCGAUAUGCUUGAGGCAGUUACGUUUUCCAACUUGUAUGCACCUGAACAUCUGAUCAUUAACGUUGAAGAUGCAGAGAAGUGGGAGAGCUUUAUUGAAAAUGCAGGGUCUGUAUUUGUUGGGCAGUGGACCCCGGAGAGUGUGGGAGACUAUGCUAGCGGGACUAACCAUGUUCUUCCUACUUACGGAUAUGCUCGCAUGUACAGUGGGGUGUCACUAGACUCUUUCUUGAAGUACAUAACCAUCCAGUCUUUGACGGAAGAAGGGCUCGCAAAGCUGGGGCCACAUGUGGCGACGAUGGCUGAGGUGGAGGGUUUGGAUGCCCAUAAAAGAGCUGUAACCCUUCGACUUCAAGACAUUAAAGCGAGACAGGCAGUAUAAGUAUUUUUUUUUACCCCGCGUUCCCUACUGAGUUGGGUGUGUAAGAAUAUUUAUCUUAUGGUAGGUUGCUUUGUUUGUUUGAGUUAUGAAAGACAAGAAAAAAUGUUCAGUUUUGAGAUUGAAGCGGUCAGCAUUAUGUUGUUCAUCUGGCUAACUUUGAUCAAUGUCAGUAUUUAAUAAAUUCAUAAAUGUCCUUUAAAUGAUGGACCGUGAUGAAAAUGAGCAAAUUUUGCUUA